CGAUUCAGUGGAAAUGCGUGACCGGGCGUAUACAUUUCACCAUCACAUUGUAUAUGUCAGUAGGCUUGGUUGUAAAAUGUCCGUUCUACCGACAGUGUCGUAUAAUGGAUCAAACGAAUCGGAGAUAAACAAGAUUUCUGAAACGGAUAAAAACCCCAAAACGGCCCAAGGAUCUGUUAUGAGUUUCCACGAAAUCUCAUAUGUUGUUGAAAUAAAGCAGUCGUGUUGUGGAAUCUGCAGAAAGAAAACAAAAAAGAAAAUUUUAAAUGAUGUAAGCGGUAUUAUAAAACCUGGAAUAAAUGCAAUCAUGGGACCAACAGGAAGCGGUAAAUCAUCUUUACUGGAUGCUUUGGCCCGCCGUAAGGAUCCUGCUUUUUUAAAGGGACAGAUAUUACUCGAUGGCAAACCAUUACCUAAAAAUUUUCAGUAUAUAAGCGGGUAUGUUAUACAGAAUGAUUUGAUGCUUGGCACAAUCUCAGUCCGCGAAACGUUGUGGUUUUGUGCUAACUUGCGUCUUCCUCCAAGCAUCUCGCAUCAGGAUAAAAAACGAAGAAUAGAAAAUGUUAUUGAUGAGCUGGGACUGAAAUCGUGCGCUGACACCAAAAUAGGAACAGAGAUAAUACGUGGUAUAUCGGGAGGUGAAAAGAAAAGAACUUCCAUUGCGUUGGAAUUGAUUUUGGAGCCCAAAAUACUUUUUCUAGACGAACCAACGACUGGCUUGGAUGCGGCCACUGCUUGGUCGGUUAUGCUAUUGCUGAAAACUUUAGCUAAGAAAGGAAAUACGAUAGUAUGUUCUAUUCAUCAACCGCGGUAUAGCAUAUUCAAGCUAUUUGAUACCCUCACAUUACUAUCACAAGGAAAUGUUGUGUAUCAUGGACCCACUUCUGACGCACUACCUCAUUUUGAAAGUGUCGGAUAUUCUUGUGAACCACAUGAUAACCCUGCUGAUUUUUUCUUGGAUGUGCUAAACGGGACUCAUCAUAUAUCCAGUGAUGAAAUCGAAGUAACAUCCGCUGUAGACGAAGAGCAAGGCGCUCGUACACCAUCCAAUAUUGCAAACAGUCUUGUAACUGCAUUUAUAUCGAGUGAAAAAUUCAAUACUCUAACGAGAGAGUUGAACGAGUAUGCAGGAUCAACGAAUAAAAUAAAAGUUAAACAUUCAGGGAGCAUGUAUGCAACAAGCUUUACUCAUCAACUGGGAGUCCUGCUGAAGAGAGCCGCAAAAAACGCUAUUCGUGACCCACAAGGUCUGAUUGGAAAUAUUGUGUUAAAUAUUAUCAUCGGUGUAGUGUUUGGCUUGAUAUACUACCAAGUAGACAACUCUCCUGAUUCCGGAAUUCAAAAUAGAUUAGGCAUUCUCUUCUUCAUCUGCACAAAUCUUCUUUUCGGAUCUAUUGCAGCAAUUGAUGCGUUCAAGAUUGAGCGUGAAAUAUUCAUCCAUGAGCAUGUUUCUGGAUAUUACAGAGUAAUUUCUUAUUACUUGGCAAAAGUAUUAGCAGAUCUUAUUCCGCUACGAACGAUAGCUCCCACAAUUUUUUGCGCCAUCACGUAUUGGAUGGUUGGUUUGAAACCAACUGCGGGGUCUUUCUUUCUUUUUGUAUUGCUUGCAACCUUGGUUGGGUAUUCAUCGAUUGGAAUUGGUCUUUUUUACUCUGCGACAUUUACUAAGGCAGUGGCGGAACUACUUUUGAUUCUUACUUUUGUAUUUACCGUCAUGUUUUCUGGCCUCCUUGUGAACGUAGACACAAUACUUCCGUGGUUAUCCUGGUUAAAGUAUUUGAGCAUAGCAAGGUAUGGAUUGGUAGGAUUAUCAGUGAAUGAGCUGUGGGGCCAGAAUUUUACAUCUUGCAGUGCAAAUCUGACUACAUUUCAAUCCUCAAUUUUUGCAUCAAGCGACGUUGUUGAAAUUUCACGACCCGACAACGAAACAGUGUGCAUUUCCAUACAAGGUGAUGAGUAUUUACACAGUAGCUUGUCUAUCGGAGCAAGCGGAUCAGAAAUUAAUUCUUGGGAUUUAUGGCAGAAUGUAGUCGCACUGGCUUGCAUAGCUACAGGACUCUAUACUUUGACUUACAUACAACUUACGCGCAUCAAGACGUACUCCUAAUUUUACGUAUAAUAUAUAUUUUUUUAAUUAAAUUCGUUUAAACACAGCCAAUUAUAGAAAAUUUGUUGUAGUCAUUUUUGCUUUCAGUUUAUGCAAUAAAGCGAAUUUGUAUAGGCGGAAUAUUGUUUGGAGUAACAAUUUCAUAUCACACAUGACAGCUCUUCAAACAGUCUAUCUUCUCCGUUUAUUUGCAAGAAUCACAUUUUUAUAUUCGUUUCGUAUUAUGUAUUUUUACAGUCAUUUCGCAAACGUUGACUGACCAGUGACAAAAUAUUAUACAAUCGAGCCAUUUCCUUCUGUAUAAAUUAGUUCCUUCUGUAUAAAGUGUGCCUCGGGCUACUGCAUUCCAUCUUAAUUAGGUUUUUGUAAAUAGCCCAAAUAGUUUUAUGUUUGUGCUCACUAUAAUAUGACGCUUUUCUACAAACUUUUGGAUUGUAUUUGUAUACUUUUUUUUUCUAAAGAAACUUAUAUAUACUAAAACUUGACGUAUCUUUCUACAAAUUAAUGAUGAUGUUUCAAAGUAAUGACUGGUUGCUAUCAUACUGAAUGGGGUAAAAAGACGUGAACAUAAUUAUUUUGCCUUCCGUUUAACCAAAAGUGAUCAAAAUACUAUUUUGGUUAUUACUAUCAAUUUAUACACUGGUUAAAAUGAAGAGAACCUGAACAUAUUUGUCUUGUCUUCUUCUGUAAAACAAGCCCUAGAUAGAUCAUGUCUCUGUGGUAUACAUUUUCGCACGUGACCAUGGAAUGGGAAUCCGCUACUCAAAAAAACAAAAAUAGGACAAUUUUAUCGCAAAGAUAUGUAUAUAUUACUAUUAGCAGUAGUCUCUAUCAAUGUUGAAAGUCUUGCUCAAAGUUUCCGGUUGUGUUCGCAACGGAGCUUGAAUUCAACCAACAAACGAUCGGAUAUUUUACAUAACGUAAAAUGCUAUUUGAUUGGAUUUUGUAACUUUUUAUACCACUUCUGACAAUGCUUUCAAAUUGAAUAUUUAAGUAUAGAGUUUGCCCGCUAGCAUUUCUUUCGAAACUGUCAUACGCUGGGUUGUUGCCAUGCAGCAAUAAGCCAAAGUUUACGCUCACAUGGCAGUAGUGAAAGAUAUAAGUCAUAAUCUGAAAAAUCAUAUUAAAAUGAGCAAAUUGUAACGUGAGUAUAACUUG